AUGCCAUCAUUUCCAACCUCCACCACUUUCACCUUCUUCCUUCUCUUGUUAAUAUCCAGCUUUAACAUUACCCUCGCCGGUUUACUUGCUCAACCGAUAACCGGUCACCCCCAGCCACUCAAACCGGGCGAGUACUCCAGCCCCAACACCGUCCCGGCCCUCCCGGCCCAAACCCCAACCCAAACCUGCCACCUCGACCUCUCCAAUGAGCUCUUCGGCGGCGUCAGCCAAGCAUGCGGCCGAGACCUUGACCGCAGCCGAUGCUGCCCUGUCCUAGCCGCCUGGCUCUUCGCUGCCCAUGCCAGGUCAGCUCUCGAGCUCCCCUCAUCGGCUCCGGCUCCUUCCGCCGGCCUCGACCAGCCGAUGAUGCCAGACGACUCGCAGAAGUGCGUCAAUUCCCUGCAGUCCUCGCUCGUGAGCCGAAACAUCCGGAUUCCUCAGCCGAACGCCAGCUGCGACGCCGUUUUGUGCUUCUGCGGCAUCCGGCUCCAUCAGAUCGGCUCCCUCAGCUGCCCCGCCGCUUUUAACGUGUCGCUAGGGUUUCACAAUGCCACCCCCACGGCCGCCGUCAAGAACUUGGAGAAGAACUGCCGCAACUCUUCGUAUUCUGGCUGCACCAAGUGCCUCGGCGCUCUCCAGAAGCUCAAGGGUGGGAGCAAGAACGGAACGGCGGGGGACAAGUCCACGAGCGACAGAGCGAGCAAGAUGUUCAACAGGGACUGCCAGCUCAUGGGGCUGACGUGGCUGCUGGCCCGGAACAAAACGGCGUACAUACCCACUGUUUCGGCGGUGCUGCGGGCCAUAAUGUACAGUGCGCACCCACCGCACGAGUCCACGUGUAGCCCGGACCAGGAGAACAUGCCGCUGGCCGUGGAUUCACUGCAGUUCGAUAAGGCGCAAGCGCCCGCAUCGUCACCGUCCAUUUUGUUGUUUCCGAUUCUGCCCCUGAUCAUUUUGGUGUCUCUGUUUGUUUAG